AUCGCAAGUAGAAGUAGAAUGGUGAUAUUUAGUAAAUAAACAAAGUUUGAGGGAAAUGAGGUUUAGCCUUAUAAAGUUUGCUACUAUGGUUCGUGUUCUUAAUGUAGCAGAGAAGAAUGAUGCUGCCAAAUGCAUUGCAGAAGUAAUGUCAAGAGGAACUGCGAGAAAAAGAGAAGGAUAUUCUAAGUUUAAUAAGCUAUAUGAAUUUGAAUAUAAUGUUUUUAACCAGAAUUGUAAUAUGACCAUGACAUCUGUGUCAGGCCACCUACUAGGCUUAGAUUUCGUUGGACAAUAUAGAAAAUGGUAUUCUUGUAAUCCUGUCCAACUAUUCGAAACUCCAGUAACUAAAAUAUGUCCUGAUAACUUUAUUGAUAUCAAGAGAACAUUAGAAAGAGAAGUAAAGGGAUGUAAAUAUUUAGUUAUAUGGACAGAUUGUGAUAGAGAAGGAGAGAAUAUUGGCUUUGAGAUUAUACAAGUUUGUAGAGAAGCCAAACCAUCAAUACAAGUUUAUAGAGCUCGAUUUUCAGAGAUAACACCACAAGCUAUUAACAGAGCAAUACAGAAUCUCGUUCCUCCUGAUCAGAAUGUCAGUGAUGCUGUAGAUGUCAGGACUGAGUUAGAUUUAAGAAUUGGUGCUGCCUUCACCAGAUUUCAGACAUUACGCUUACAGAAAGUAUUUCCUGAAGUAUUAAGUGAUCAGUUAAUAAGUUAUGGUAGUUGUCAGUUUCCUACUUUAGGUUUUGUUGUUGAAAGAUAUAAACAAGUUGAAGCCUUUAUACCAGAACCUUUCUGGAAAAUAAAAGUUACACACUUUUUAGAUGAUGUUAAAGCAGAAUUUAAUUGGAAAAGAAAUCGACUGUUUAAUUAUCAAGCCUGUCAAGUACUCUAUGAACAAUGUACAGAGUUACCAGUAGCUACAGUAACUGAUGUUAGAAGUAAAAGUAAGAAUAAAUGGAGACCACAAGCACUAGAUACUGUUGAACUUGAGAAACUUGCUUCAAGAAAGUUACGUAUAAAUGCUAAAGAAACAAUGAAAAUAGCUGAGAAGUUAUAUACUAAUGGUUUUAUAAGUUACCCACGUACAGAAACUAAUAUCUUUCCUAAAGAACUCAAUCUUACUACUCUAGUUGAAGAUCAAACUCGAGAUCCCAACUGGGGAGAGUUUGCACGAGGUAUUCUUCAAAAUGGACCUCAUCCUAGAAAUGGUAAUAAAACAGAUAAUGCCCAUCCCCCUAUACAUCCUAUUAAAUAUACUGCUACAUUACAGGGUAAUGAACAGAAACUAUAUGAGUUUAUAGUACGUCAUUUUCUAGCCUGUGUGUCACAAGAUGCCCAAGGAUUUGAAACAACUGUAGAUAUUGAUAUUACAGAAGAACAGUUCACAGCCUCUGGUUUAAUGAUUAUAGGCAAAAAUUAUUUAGAAGUUUAUCCUUAUGAAAGAUGGAAUGCUAAGGAAAUUCCAGUCUAUAAUGUAGGUGAUAAAUUUGAGCCAUCGUCUAUUGAGAUGGUAAGUGGAGAAACUUCAGCCCCACCACUACUUUCAGAAGCUGAUCUUAUAUCUUUAAUGGAUAAACAUGGAAUAGGUACAGAUGCUACCCAUGCUGAACAUAUAGAAACAAUCAAGAAUAGAUCAUAUGUAGGUUUAAGACCUGAUGGUAGAUUUGUUCCUGGUCAUCUUGGUAUGGGAUUAGUGGAAGGCUAUGAUUCCAUGGGAUAUGAGAUGUCGAAACCAAAUUUAAGAGCAAAUUUAGAAAAUGACUUAAAAUUAAUUUGUGAAGGGAAAAAGAACAAAGAUUUGGCUUUACAAGAGCAAAUAUCAAAAUACAGAGAAGUGUUUAUACAGGCAUGUGAUCAGGCUAUGAAACUAGAUGAAGCCCUGGCACAAUAUUUAGGUGAAGCUACACAAUUUACAGCUACAGAGACGUCUCUACCAUCUGUACAGUCACGAGUUAGACCUUGUCCAAGAUGUUCACAAGAUAUGGCUUUAAAAUCUAAAAAAGAUUGCAAAGGGUAA